AUGAAUGAUCUUCGCGUUUUUUUUUUUAAGAAAAGGUAACCGUAUCUUAAGUGCAAUAUAAAUUAGAAAUAUCACGUACGUACUUUAUAUCACAGACAUAUGUGUGUACUGUAACAGAGAAACAUAUUGUAAUCGCACAAGAAACUAGAACAUUUCCAACAGUGAAUGCCUGACAUUCCUACGAUCGAGAAGGAUCUGCGGAAAGUAAACAAACCAACCGAGCGUAGGAAAUGAAAAGUUAAGGAGUAGAAAGUGUUUUAAAUACAGUGGCUCGUGAAAGUAUCCGAAAAUACUUGAGACUUAACUUGAAAAAAAGGACAGCGAUUUAUUGCAGUAAUAUCAGUGCCGUGAGAUUGGUAAUACAAUGACGUAUAAAAAACACAUCAAUGACGCUCAGCCUUCGACGGUUGAUGAGCACUUCCAACUGAUCUUGGACGACAGAGAAAUCAUUGAUUCUGAGUUCGUCGAAGUGACACCGGAUGAUUUACCUGACUGGUUCGAUGAAAAGUUAUUCAAAACCGGUCAAGAAUUUUAUGUCCGGAAUUUACUAGGAUUUGCAGCUGGACACAUAACAGGGCUUACAGCGAUAAUCGCCGUCCCAGAUAUAUUGGAGGUUCUCUUGUUUACUAAACGAAAUGCCACAUUCAAGUUAUCUUACAAGCGAUUCGCCGAAACGCUGUUGCUCAUGUACGCGCUCCUUCGCUCGGACAUAUUCGCCCCAAAUUCGAAAUGGUUCAAUGCGCUGAAUGUGAUUCGACGGAGACACGCGAACGUCAAUAAAAGGCGCGUUUCACGAGGUCUCCAUGGGAUAUACCAGAAGGACAUGGCCAUCACGCAAUUUGGUUUCUUAGGAUACAUAUUCGUAUGUCCUGAAAAAUUGGGACUCGCACGUAGUACGUACGAGGAGAUGAAAGGUUACAACCAUCUAUGGCAAGUCAUCGGUCACCUGUUGGACAUAGACGAUAGAAUAAACAUUUGUAGAAGAACUGUGGAAGAAACGACGGAACUAUGCAGGAGAAUCCAAACUGAAAUAAUAGCAAAACAUCUAAAAAAUCCACGCCCGGAAUUUCUACGGAUGACGACGAAUAUAGUGCACGGAUUGUGGUACAUCGAUUUUUCGAUCAAUGAGGAUUCUUUUCUGGUUCUCACGUACGAUCUGACGGGAAUAAAAUAUACAAAGCCUCUUAGCUGGUAUUCUUAUUUAAAUUUAAAAUAUCGUCAAACUACUAUGUGCUUAUUGAAUGUUCCACUUAUUGGUUGGCUGUUACGAUCGGCAUUUAAUUUAUUUCUAGGCCUAACCUACUGGAUUCUAGAAUAUUAUCCAAUUGUACCAAUCUUAGCAUUUGGGAAAAAGGAUGGACAAAUUGUUCUGUAUGAAAAAUCGUAGUAUAUAUUAAACAAUAAAAGUGUACAUGGGUAUCAUAAGAUGUAUAUGAGUAAAUGUACACAACUAAUGUCAUAUACAACUAACUCUGUAUUGGAAUUAUAAAUGAAAUAGGAUUUAAGUAGCUAUUAUUUGAUCACAAACAAGUAGUAUCUCGUAUGACAAGGCAUAUCUGUAUCUCGUCUGUGGUGCAGUUGUAAUCAGAAUCGAUAAUGUCGCAUGUGACAUGAAAAUGGUAAAGGAUCAGCUAACUUUCAAAAUAAUAUGACAAGAAAAAGAAUCGUAUUUUAUUUCUUA